AAAAUUAAAAAUAAAAACUCCAAAACCCAUUUUCUUUAAAUGAGUUUUUUUCUUCUCACACAUUUCCCACCACAAAAAUCAAUUUGCUUUGCUAGCUAGGUCCACUAUUUCUCUGCUACACCUAGCUUCUCUUGCUUCAAUAUAUAGCUUCCAUUGUUGUAGAGAAAAAUAAGCACUUUUGGCUCAAAGCACAAUAAGAUUAAAAGGCUAAAAGAGGGCUUAUACCACUACUGAAGUAUUGGAGAAUGAAUGGCAAAAAGGAAAGCAUUGAGAUUAACAUUCCUUCAGUUACGAAAAGCUCGAAGCAACCAGAAACUGGCAAGAAAUCUGCAGGCCAGCUGAUGAGGAUGAGCUGCUCAUAUUUCAAAACUUGGUUAUGGAAAGUGUGGGAAUUUUGCAAAGAAGAUGGCAGUAGAGUCAAAUUCUCACUUAAGGCUGGACUGGCUGUGCUUCUUGUAUCUUUGCUUAUACUAUUCCAAGCACCUUAUGAAGUGUUUGGAAUCAAUAUUAUUUGGUCCAUCCUCACUGUUGCCAUCAUGUUUGAAUAUACAGUCGGGUCCACAUUUAACAGAGGAUUUAACAGAGCACUUGGAAGUUUACUUGCUGGAAUCUUAGCCAUUGGUGUUGCUCAGUUGGCUCUGUGCAGCGGCCAAGUAGCUGAACCUAUCAUCAUAGGCAUUAGCAUCUUUUUUGUCGGAACUGUUACAUCAUUCUUGAAACAGUGGCCAUCUCUGGUUCCCUACGAGUAUGGCUUCAGGGUUAUUCUGUUUACAUAUUGUUUGAUCAUAGUUUCUGGUUAUCGGAUGGGAAACCCAAUUAGGACUUCCAUGAACCGUCUCUAUUCCAUCGCCAUUGGAGGGUUUGUAGCUGUCUUUGUGAAUGUACUUGUUUUUCCCAUAUGGGCUGGAGAAAAGUUGCAUAAGGAGCUAGUUAAUAGCUUUGACUCAGUGGCUGACUCGCUUGAAGAAUGUGUUGGGAAAUUUUUGAAAGAUGAUGGAUCAGAACAUCCAGAAUUCUCCACAACUGUCAUGGAUGAGUUUCCAGAUGAACCUGCUUAUAAGAAAUGCAAAGCUACAUUGAACUCCUCAGCAAGACUGGAGUCUUUGGCUAGUUCAGCAAAAUGGGAGCCACCGCACGGCAGGUUUUGCCAUUUUUUCUAUCCUUGGUCUGAAUAUGUUAAAGUUGGAGCUGUUCUAAGAUAUUGUGCUUAUGAGGUUAUGGCCCUUCAUGGUGUUUUACACUCUGAAAUUCAGGCACCAUACAAUCUUCGAGUUGCAUUCCAGUCGGAGAUUCAAGAUGCAACAAACCAGGCUGCAGAAUUAGUGAGGAGCUUAGGCAAAGACAUAUCAAACAUGAAAAGAACACUCAAGACCUCCCUGCUAAAGAGGGUUCACAGCUCAGCUGAGAGACUCCAACGUGCCAUAGACAUGCACUCGUAUCUCCUCACCGCCUGUUCUGAGCCACCGGACAACUCUUCCAAACCUCUCCUAAAGCAGCUCUCACACACCCUAUCAUUAACUCCCAAUGAGAUUCCAGACCAACUUGCUGAUCUUGAUGGCGAUGGGUUAGUGAAAAACUUGAACCAACAAUCCCAAAAUAUAGAAUCUGGGACUCCACUCCCAGCUGCUGCACCGGCAGAGUCAUACCAUGAGCAAAUGAGAAAACAAUCGAGAAGGCUGCAUUCUUGGCCAUCAAGAGAGGUAUCUGCGUUCGAAGAAGAGGGUCCUUCGAAUAUGGACUUAUUGCCCAGGAUGAAAGCAUUAGAGACCACUGCAGCAUUGUCAUUGGCAACUUUCACUUCUUUGCUUAUUGAAUUUGUGGCCAGGCUUGAUCACUUGGUUGACGCAGUGGAUCAGCUUUCUAGGUUGGCUAAGUUCAAAUAUGUGGGGUUAUAGAAAGGAAACAAGGAAGGAAUAUAGAGAUCAACAAUACAGUCUUUAAUAUCCAAAUCAUAACCUAAAAGUAAUUAUUUAUUAAACAACAUAUAUACAUAUAUAUAUAUAUAUAUAUAUUAUACACACACACAAAAUAAGAGCAACAAGAGAAUGUGGGGUUUGUAUAAAUCGUUUUGUUAUCACUUGGAGAUAAAAAGCAAGUUCUUAUAACCAAACCAAAGUCUACAUAUAUAUAUAUAUUUCUUUAUUCUA